CCCAAGGUCCCCUCAAAUAUCAACCCCUACAUCCUUAUUCCCAUGUCCCAAUGCUUCCCUUAACCUCAACACUCAUAAAAACAGUCUUUCAUUAACUUAAACUCCUCAUCCUUCCAUUGUUAAUACACAAUGUUAACCUUCAAAUCUCCAUUUGAUUAGUUCUUAAUCACUACUUAAUCCAAAAAAAAAGAAAAAAACUCAUUAACAAGUACUAGUACACUAUUCUUUCUCUCUUCACUUUUUUUUUCUCUCUGUUCUUCUUGCAGGUUUAUCCAAAACCCUAGAUCUGUCCCCCUUUUGGCUUUUGGAAGAAAAGGGAAAAGGGUGUGUAAAAUAAGCAAAAAGGUGAAGUCUUUUUUUGGUUCUUGGAGGAGAUGAGUGGGACCUCAACGACAUCAGUGGUGGGGGUGGGGUUGGUGGGAGGUGGAGGGGAGGUGGGGUAUAAUGAUUAUGGAUUCCGGCCACCGUUUACGGCGGUGCAGUGGCAGGAAUUGGAGCAUCAAGCUAUGAUUUAUAAGUAUUUAGUAGCUGGGUUGCCUGUGCCACCGGACCUAGUAGUACCUAUUCGCAGGAGUUUUGAUGCUAUCUCAGCUAGGUUCUUCAGUCAUCCUAGCUUGGGUUAUUGUUCCUAUUAUGGGAAGAAGUUUGACCCCGAGCCAGGAAGAUGUAGAAGGACAGAUGGAAAGAAGUGGAGGUGCUCCAAAGAUGCACAUCCUGACUCCAAAUAUUGUGAACGACACAUGCAUCGUGGCCGCAACCGUUCAAGAAAGCCUGUGGAAUCUCAAACUACUUCCCAGUCCUUGUCGACAAGUAAAUCACACACUGCUACUGGGAGCAGCAAUAGAAGUGGAAGUUUCCAAAGCAAUAGCAGUGGAAGCUUCCAAAAUAUGCCAUUAUACUCUGUCGCUAAUUCAGAUGGAAUAAGUUACGGAAGCACCACCACGAAACUGCAGAUGGAGCCCGCCUCCUAUGGGAUAACUAAUAAGGAGUAUAGGUACGGAAUGGCUCCUGAUGUUGAUGACCACAAUUUCAUGCCAGUAGCUUCCACGAGUGUGAGAGGACUAGGAGGUACGGGUUCUAACACAGACAACAUGUGGCGUUUGAUGCCAUCACAAGAUCAUUCAAAGGCCAAUCUGAAAAAUGAUUCCCAGCUGUUGGGUAGUUUACCUAAUCCGUUUGAGCCUGUGAUUGAAUCAAAACAGCAACCCCAACAUUGCUUCUUCAGCAGUGACAUAGAUUCACCUAGUACAGUAAAGCAGGAGCCACAGCAUCCAAUGCGUUCAUUCUUUGACGAGUGGCCUACAUCGAAAGAAUCAUGGUCCAAUCUCGACGAGGGAUCGGGCAAAAAUAAUUUCUCCACCACUCAGCUCUCCAUAUCCAUUCCAAAUAUUUCUUCUGGAUUCUCUUCAAGGAGUGCUUCUUCCCCUAAAUGUGCAGAUGCUUGAGGAAACUGCGACUGCCUCAACUCUUAGCGCAGUCUGGUGCUAUGCAGAGGAAUGGUUGUCCUAGUGCUGAACUCCCGGCAUAGCAGUAAAAGCAAGACAUGUAAGUGGAUCGACUCAACAAGUUGUAACCGCUACUUGUAUGAGCUUACAUGUACUUCUAAUAUUACUGGUGCAUUUAGUCCUUGCAUUGUGUUUGUAGUUGUAUUUCAUUUUCAAUACUCUUCUUAAGCAAAAA